GAGUAACUGCACUGUCAUUCGAUUCAAGGAUCUGGGAGCAGACUUCAAGAUCCGCAGCUGAUCUUUCUCAUUCAAACUGUGUCCCCAGAGCACUGAGUAUGCACGCCUCCUCCUCCCGAGAACCGGCCCUUAACCCUCUCAACUCCACGAGGGCACCCAACUCUAACAGCUCAAAUGAGGUCAACAUGUUCGACAAAUUCAUCCAUAUGGACCAAGAACUUUACCAAGACUUUUACAGCCUGUGGAUAGCCCUGAUGGCGGUCAAUGCAAUCAUUUUCCUGGUGGGCGUUGUGCUGAACAGUUUAGCUCUCUACGUGUUCUGCUUCCGCACCAAGACGAAAACCACCUCUGUCAUCUACACCAUCAACCUAAUCGUUACUGAUCUACUGGUGGGCUUCUCCUUGCCCAUCCGAAUCAUCAUGUUCUACACUGCAGGGAACUGCCUGAGGUGUUCCUUUGUUCACAUCUUUGGCUACUUCGUCAACAUGUACUGCAGCAUUCUCUUCUUGACAUGCAUCUGCAUCGACCGGUACCUGGCCAUUGUGCAGGUGGAAGCCUCACGUAAGUGGAGGAACCCCAGCUGUGCCAAGGGGAUCUGUGUCUUCAUCUGGGUCUUUGCCACUGUGGUCACUUUCUCCAUUCUGAUCAUGGCGAUAACCUUUGCACCCUGCUGCCUCGCCAAGAUCUUUGCCCUGAUGGUCUGCGAGUAUUUCUUCCCGCUCAUCAUCAUCACCUUCUUCACCACUAGGAUCAUGUGUGCGCUAUCCAAGCCCAGCCUCAUGCACCAGAGCCGUGAGAGGCGAAUGAGGGCCGUUCAGCUCCUGACCACCGUCCUCAUAAUCUUCAUGAUCUGCUUUACACCUUUCCAUGUGCGCCAGGUGGCCAUUUCCAUCAACCCAGACAUUCCCCAUAACAUCAGCUUAAUUGUCUACCAUGUGACCGUGACUCUGAGUAGCCUCAACAGUUGCAUGGACCCCAUCGUCUACUGCUUUGUCACCAACAACUUCCAGUCGACCAUGAAAAGUAUCUUCAGGAAGUCGGAGCCUGAGCAGACAAGUGGGGACAUCAUCAGUAUGAACAAGAGCUCCAAGGGCUCAGGUACAAAUGCAAUCAUUGCCUUCUCAAACACAAUAGGCAGCCCUUUGAGCUUACCUUCAACAAACAGUACACAGAUAUAACCAGCUCCUAGAGGGACACACUACAGUAACCCCGUGUGGAAUAUUGCUGGGCUGUCUGGUACUAUUGCCCUUGGCCUCUUGUUUUCUAAUAUGAGCUUUGGAGCGACUGUGUUAGAAUUUAUUCCUCGAGAACAUUAUGCUCUUUUUGGAAAGAGGAACUCUCAGUGCCAUUAGUACCAAUGCAAAAGAAAGUCCAUUAAUAACAGUUCACAGCAGGAAUGCUCUGUUUGCAUUUUAAUAUAUAUGUUUUACUAGCAGCAAAUCCAUUACUGUUGUGGUCUUCUUUCACUGUUUCACACUGCAGUGUGACAGUAAGCUACCAAACUGCAGGAGGACGUAGAAGGCCAUAAACUCUCUUCUUGUCUGUGAAAGCCUCCCAGCCUGGGGAAGGAAUAUUGUUGUUGAGUAACGCAGGGGCUGCCGAGCUUUCCACGUUACUAGAGACAGCAAAGAUUUAAGACAACGAGCAGAGUUGUUGGUUUCAGGUGACUGAACUGAAGCGGGACAAAAUAAAUCUAACCCACUUGUCACUAGCAGCUAUUCGGAUAUUUCUCAAACACAUCUGAAUUUCCUCAGGGAAGGCACUCUAACACAAAACAAUAUCCCCCCCUCCCCAAACACACACACCCUUCAUAUUUCAGCUGUAAGGAGAGGAUUUGUAUGACUUUAUAUAAUAUAUAAACAUGCAAGGAUUUGUAUUGCUUGGUUCAUAUUAUUCAGUUGGAUCACCAGUUUCCUUAUGUUUCAGACAGGCAUGGAAAGAAGCUGUCCAAACGUAUGUGGUUUCUUGGAAACUCUGUUUCCCACAUUUGCUCCCUCUUCCAGCAACUCAGUGGU